AUGCUUGUCGAUGGAGAGAUCAGCCCUCUGUACGCUAGUGGUCUCCUGGCCGCCGCCUUGGUUCCCCUUACCCAUGCUGCCGGGUCCUCAUCCGCCGCCCCCGUGCGCCCAGACAUCAAGCCUGCGCCCUUCCAUCCGGGUCCCGCCUUCUCCACCUCGGCCCCGAGGACUAAGACAUGCAUCGUGGAGGCCGGCGCCGCCGGCACCGAUGACGCCCCCGCCAUCCUCAAGGCCUUCACGGACUGCAACCACGGCGGCACCGUGGUCCUCGACUCGACCUACAAAUCUGCUCGCCCCUGGACUUGA